AAUAGCCUCAAGACAAAUUUCAGCCACAAAACUUCUCCUUCUCUCUCUCUCUCGUCCAAGACUCUUUCAAAAUCAAUUAAAAAAAACCUUGUUAUGGAUCCUCAUCAUCAACCCUCAGCCCAAAAACACCACCUUUUUUCUCUCCCCAUUAUAAUCAAAAGAGAACUUGUUUAUGCAAUAUGUUUAAUCACGUUCAUCCUAAUCUCUUCAAUCUUUGUCUUUGAUCUUAUUGACUCCCACCAACUUUCUCGUCUUGGUUUCUUGUCACAAGUCCUACUAAAGAAUCAAAACUCAUCGCAGGGAGCCUGUGACUACUCUAAUGGAAGAUGGGUUCGGGACCAAAGUUAUUACAAGAUUCAAUCCUACGACGAAACCUGCCCGUUUCUCGAUCCCGGCUUCCGGUGUCGUCAGUGUGGAAGGAAAGAUGUAGAGUAUCUGAAAUGGAGAUGGAAGCCUGAGGGCUGUGAAAUACCAAGAUUUAAUGCGAGCGACCUUCUGGAGAGGAGCAGGAAUGGAAGGAUAGUAUUUGCCGGAGACUCUAUUGUAAGAAAUCAAUGGGAGUCCUUCCUAUGUAUGCUAAGCCAAGGAGUUCUCAACACGUCGACAAUAUAUGAAGAACGUGGACAACCCAUAACUAAACACAAAGGUUUUCUAUCUAUGCGUUUCAGUGAGCACAAUCUCACAGUUGAAUACUACAGGGUCCCCUUCCUUGUAGUCGUCGGUCGGCCUCCACUUGAUUCUUCUACUGAUGUUAAAAUGACUGUUAAGGUCGAUCAAUUGCACUGGUUCUCCGAGAAAUGGGUCGGAGCUGAUGUUCUCGUUUUCGGUGGAGGCCAUUGGUGGAAUGAAGAUAAAACUCUCAAGAUGGGAUGCUAUUUUGAGAAUGGAGGAAAAGUAAAUACUUCGAUGCAUGCGCUGGAAGCUUUUGGAAGAUCUCUAGAAACAUGGAAGUCAUGGGCAAUACAGAAUUUAGAUCCUCAAAGAAGUCAUAUUUUCUUUCGUAGCUUUUCUCCCGUACAUUACAGGAAUGGCACAUGGAAUACAGGAGGUAGAUGUGAUGUGGAUAUGCAACCAGAGACAAACAAGACGAAUCUGGAACCUGAGCCUGUGAAUAAUCAACUGAUUUCCAGUGUAAUCAAACAAAUGGAAUUGGAACACAUAAAUAGUAAGAUUCAGUACUUAAACAUCACAUAUCUGACACAGUUCAGGUUUGAUGGUCACCCUUCAGUCCAUCGCGAGCAAGGCACUCCAGUUCGUGCUCCACAAGACUGCAGCCACUGGUGCUUGCCCGGAGUACCAGAUGUUUGGAAUCAAAUUCUAUAUGCUCAUUUACUGUCAAUGGGAUUCAGAACCAAGUAACGUCUCUUGAUCAGAAAAGAGUGAUGAAAAAUUUUCCUUGAAAGUCAGGGCUGUAAAUCAGCUUCACUGGUUUUUUGUCCUUCAAUUUCUCAAGCUUCCUCAAGAGCUCCAACUUUUCUAGUCCACAAGUGGAAGGUAUCUGUCAAUUGUUGGAGGGAAGUUGCUAUGAUCGUAGGCCAAUUGGCACAUAUUGCUGGACGACAGCCAACACAGCCGCAUGCCCAGCUCCAGUAACCUGAAGGACGACAAACUGUUCAAUAUG